AAACCGGAUGUGAGGUGGCCCUGUAGGAGCAAGCCAAAGAUAAACACGUAGACAGACAGAAUACGGGCGAAGAUAAUUAGAAAUAUUAAGAGGUUACGGUGAAACAAUUGAAAUGGAAUAGCUGAUGGGAUUUGAUCAGGCAAGGAGACGUUGUUAAAUCGGCAAAAGAGCAAGACUUCUGCAGACACCGAGUUGCAGCUCAGUUUACAAUGGUCCGAGCAGCCUUGGUGACUGCCACCAGUCUGGCCCUGACGGGGGCGGUGGUGGCUCACGCGUACCUGCUCAAACACCAGUUCUACCCCACCGUGGUGUACCUCACCAAGAGCAGCCCCAGCAUGGCGGUGUUGUACAUUCAGGCGUUUGUGUUGGUGUUUCUGCUGGGGAAGUUCAUGAGAAAAGUCUUUUUUGGUCAACUCAGGGCUGCUGAAAUGGAGCAUCUGAUCGAGCGCUCCUGGUACGCGGUCACCGAGACGUGUUUGGCUUUCACCGUGUUCAGGGAUGAUUUCUCCCCUCGUUUUGUCGCCCUUUUCACCCUCCUGCUCUUCCUGAAGUGCUUUCACUGGCUGGCUGAAGACCGGGUGGACUUUAUGGAGCGGAGUCCAAACAUAUCUUGGGUUUUUCAUUUGAGAGUUUUGUCUCUCCUGGGUCUACUGGGGGUCAUGGACUUCUUGUUUGUCAACCACGCCUGUCACAGCAUCAUUUCCCGAGGAGCUUCAGUUCAGCUUGUUUUUGGAUUUGAGUACGCCAUCUUGCUGACCAUGAUCCUGACGACGUUGAUCAAGUACGUUCUGCACACCAUCGACCUGCAGAGUGAGAAUCCCUGGGACAACAAGGCCGUCUACAUGCUCUACACGGAGCUCUUCACAGGUUUUAUCAAAGUGCUCCUGUACAUUGCUUUCAUGACCAUCAUGAUAAAGGUCCACACCUUCCCUCUGUUUGCCAUCCGGCCCAUGUACCUGGCCAUGAGGCAGUUUAAGAAAGCUGUGACUGAUGCCAUAAUGUCUCGGAGAGCUAUCCGCAACAUGAACACACUAUAUCCUGAUGCUACUCCUGAAGACCUGCAGGCCUCGGACAACGUUUGCAUCAUCUGUCGAGAGGAAAUGGUCACCGGAGCCAAGAAACUACCUUGUAACCAUAUUUUCCACUCCAGCUGCCUGCGCUCCUGGUUCCAGAGGCAGCAGACCUGUCCAACCUGCCGAAUGGAUGUCCUCAGAGCGUCCAACAACAAUCAGACUCCACCUGCAGCCCAGCCGCCAGCCCCGGCCCCAGCAGCCCCCGCUAACGCAGCAGCAGCCCCGGCCCAUAAUGUGGCUCCAGGAAUGCUGCCAGGCUUCCCUCCUGGCGUCUUCCCUUUCUGGGGUCCUUUUCCCGCAGGGCCUCCAGCUGCAGCAGCAGCAGCUCCAGCUCCUGGUGCCACUGAUGCUCCUCAGAGCAGCACAGAGACAGCCGGCACCAGCACCACUACAUCUGCAGACGCGACUACAUCCGCAGCAGCAGCUCCAGGAUCAGCAAUCCCAGGAUUCCCCUUCUCGUUCCCCCCUCCCCCCUUCCCCUCUGCACCAUGGCUGCCCAUGCCUCCACCUCCUCCCUUCGUGUCCUCGAUGCCUCCUCCCCCUCCAUCGCUGUCUCAGCUGUCGGAGGAGGAGCUGAGGGAGCUGGAGGCCGAAGGGCGGCGCGGCCUCGAGGCCAGGCUGCAGUGUCUCCAGAACAUCCACACCCUGCUGGAUGCCGCCAUGCUCAACAUCCACCACUACCUCAGCACUGUGGCCACACUCGCUCCUCCCCGACCUGACAGCAGCACUGGGAACCCCAGUGGAACCAACGUUUCCUCUCCUCCAGCUGCCACCAGCACAGAGAGUCCCACCACAGAGGACACGUCCAUCUCUGAAGAAGCCAGCGGCGCCAGAGUCUCCUGCCAGCCCACGGACUCCACCUCCUCUGCUUCAGACGCCGAAAGAACAGAGAACACGGAUGAAGGCGUGAUGGAGGACGACGGCAUGGGAGAGCCAAGUGCCGCCGAGCUGAGGCGCCGCCGUCUUCGCAAGCUAGAGACGGCAUCACCGUCAUCCUCGCCGCCCCCUCCUCCAGACAACUGAUGCGGGCUUUGAGACUUGGGCGUGAAGCUCGGAACCAUCAGGAACUCUGAAGACUCACAGCUGCUUUGGUUCUACGUUGCCUCUCUUCCUCGUGGCUUCUGCCUUCCUCAGGCUCAGGUUUCGUCGGACUCGGGGCGCUGCGGGUAUAGAACUGUCUGUCGGACCGCAUCUGUUGUUUUUGUUUUCUUCAGCCCCCCCCCCCCAGGAUGAACUACAUGCAAUACCGCCGGCGUGAGAGGCCGCAUUCAGAUUGACCUUUGCUAGUCCUACUGUUGUUUAACUGCAUCUUUUAAUUCAGCUGUCUCCAGUAAAUAGACGGUCCCACAUCAACACAGCACCAGUCCAGUUGGAGGGAAACCAGUUCUGCUUUUCUACAUCACACCUGGUUACCUGGGAUCUGACGGGUUUCCACUGAUGACACUGUAACAUACGGAGUUGUGUACAUACUGUAUAAAGUUUUAAUAGGAUGAUCUUUACAUGCUGCAGAACUGACUGAACAGCGCGCGCGCACACACACACACACACACGUACGCCGUUGGUGUGAGCGUUGCCACAGAGGAAUGUGUUGAAGCGCCUCCCUUCAGGUCUCCUGCUGCAGCGCUCUGUUACCUUUAAGAGUUUAAAUUAAAACUCAUUGCUGAUUGAAAA